AGAUUAACUAAAUUGACGAAAACCAUACCAUAUUUUUAAAAAGCAAAGCUUACAUAAAGUAAGUAUAUUUGUUGCAUCGGAUACCUAAAACAUUUACUAAUACCCGAAUGUUCUCAAAUAAAUUAUUAAUUCAAAUACACAAUUUAAAACAACACGCACACGGUAUUACCAUUAUAUAAAGCAAAUUAAGUCACUAAAGCCAUAAAUCUUCCUCUCUCUCGUCAGAACUAUUUAACUCCCUUCCCUUUCUACGUUUUUCUUCUGAUAGAUGGGUUUCUCGGACGCUGGAAUUUGUCACUCCGAUCAAAACAAUCUCGGCGAAACCGAAAUAGGGCUCCUUCGUGUACCCUCUAUAGGGUUUUCAGACCGAAGCGUUCAAGUAUUCUGUCCAGAUCAAGAUCUUGAAACCAAAGUCCGAGAACUAACUAAUUGCUCACCUGAAGGAGUAAAGAAUGAGGAAGAAGAAGAAUUAUGUAAGACUCCAACACGCCUGGACCAGAUUCUCCCAAAUAUUCCAAAUAUUUGUCCGCCGGCGCCGAGGAAGCCUAAGGGAAUCCAGUCAAGAAGCUUGAAGGUUCGAGAUUCUUAUAAAAGCAGGAGAAUGAUCAUUCUGAAUGUUUCUAGAGAGAUUGAUUGUAUGUUUCAUUCAGCAUCUCUCGGUAACAAAAUUAAGAAAGCCAGACAUAUUUGAUGUUACAUAUGUAUAUGCAUAACGUAGCUACAUAUAAUUAACCAAAUUGUAAUAAACUACGUGUUAUGUAAUAUUGUGAGAUGCUUCAGUUUUAUUUAUUUGUUAAAAA